UGCCAGCGCCGUCGAAGACCGCGCGUCGUGCGUGAGUUUAUCGUCUGCGCCCAGGACCGUCGUGAAAGACCGUCGGAAAGCGAGGAACCUUUUCUGGGGCAUUCACGACCUGCAAAGAAUCGAGCCGUGACUGCAACCGUGGGGCUUACACCUAAAGGCGAAAAUGCAUUGGGGUGCAGUCGUCUUAGUCAUCAGUGCGGUUGCAUCGCAGCUUGCGGAGGGCGGGUACAUCUUCACGGCGCCGAAAAUACUGCGUAGCGAAACGGACGCCCUGUUCCGGCUAACGCUCACAGACGUCAAAGAAGACGGCAAGGUGACGGUCCGGCUCCUCAAGGACAAUAACGACAACGCCGUCUUGGCGGAGCAAGAGUACGACAUCAAGAACGGUGAAAGUGCUAUUCUACCGUUCCGAGUGCCCGAGCAUCUCGGCAGCGAAGUCAAUAUCAAAGUGAACGGAACUUUCGGAAGCUAUGUCUUUGGCGACAGCAAGGAAAUUGACUUCCAGAAGUCCAAGAACACAAUUCUUGUCCAGUCGGACAAGGCAAUGUACAAGCCAGGGCAGAAAGUUCGAUUCCGUAUUCUGCCUAUCAAUAACGAGCUCAAGCCUCUCACGGAUGCCAAGGCUACCAUCUACGUCACAAGCCCCAGCGACGUUCGGAUAGCUCAGUGGAACGACGUCUCUUUUGACAAAGGCAUCGUGCAGCGAGAUUUCCAGCUCACAGACGAACCCGAGUUGGGUCAAUGGCAGAUUGUCGUCGAACUUCCCACUCAGACAGAGCGGCAGCACUUCGAGGUUAAGGAAUACGUGUUGCCGAAAUUCGAGGUCACCGUAAAGCCGCCAUCCUACGUUCUUGCUGAUGCCAAGGAAAUCACGUGGAAAAUUUGUGCACACUACACCUUUGGCCAGCCUGUCGAUGGAACCCUGACAGUGAAUGUAACGUACGAGCGCUACUACGACUGGGAGGAAGAUGACUGCCCCAAAAUAAACCACACGGGACCCAUCAACGGCUGCUACAGCAUGGUUGUUAAUACGACCCUGCUUCGAUGUAACGACGACUACAGGGUUUACAGGCGCAUCUCGCUCGUGGCGCAAGUGAACGAGACCGGCACCGGUGUGACGAUGAAUAAGACCAACUUCAUCAGUCACACCUUUAAACCGCUCGAGCUCAACUUCUUGGAUGGAGAACAAGGAAAGAAUUACUUCAAGCCUACCAUGCCUUUCUACGGCAGGCUUCUCGUCAAGGAGCCCGACGGGGUUCCUGUAGGCGGAGAGCUCGUGCAGCUUUGCGUGCUUGUGCAGUCUGAGGAGGCAUACCGACAUUGGGGGCGCACCGACCGCCGUCUCAGCUGCAAGAACUACACAUCGGAAGAGUCCGGUAUCAUCAAGUUCACCAUCCGGCCGCUCAAGACUAGCGUGGUCACUAUCAGCGUCGAGGCGGUGGCGAUGAACUACAAGGCCGUGAAGUAUAACACCAAGCAGCCAAAGAGCACGCUCCGCCUCCAGCCCUGGUACUCGCCGAGCAACAAUUUCAUGCAGAUCGAGCCGCCGAAGGGCCCUAUUCCGUGCGCGGGAAAACACUCCGUGCGCUUGCGAUACACGGGAGAGCCCGGGACGCAGAAGCGGUUCCACUUCCAGGUGAUGGCUCGCGGCAAGAUACUCAAGAACGAGGUCGUGGAUGUUGUCUUCAAGCCCGAGGACGCGGUCCCCGUUGACGCCAGCUUUUUGGUGGAGGAAGACUUGAAUGAGAUGCUUCCGAGCGAUAUGGCCGAAAGCUCAGUGUCGACGGGCAUCUUCGAGUUUGAACUCGAACCGGACUACAGCUACGUACCCCGAGUUAAAGUGCUGGCCUUCUACGUCGGCCCCGAAGGCGAGGUUAUCGCGGACUCCGAACAGUUCGAAGUGGAAAAGUGCCUCCAAAACAACGUGACAAUGAGCUUCGGCUCAAAGGUAGUCCAACCAGCGACAUACGCUGCCAUCCACUUGUACGGCUCUCCUCGCUCCUACUGCGGUGUGGGCGUUGUGGACAAGAGUGUUCACCUUUUAAAGCAGGACAAUCAGCUGACGAAGGACAAAGUAUACGACAUCCUGAAGGGCCUGGACAUCACCCGAGACACGUGGCCGAGGCGGGCGUCCUACGUCUAUUGCCUAACGCAACGACUGGGCUCUUCUUUUUUUUUCUUACCCCUUCCGUUUUCUCUCUCUGCCUGUCCUUGGUCACAAUGGUGGGUGCCUGCACUCGCUGCCCGUGCCACAGUACCCAGGCGUAGGCCACUCGCAUUUUUCCCAUUUGCGGAAGCUCCCGCAUGGAGAGCCGCGGCUGCGUUUUCCAGAGACGUUGUAGGUGGCUUGCCCGGUGUUCCCGUCGCCCUGGACUCGGUGGCACAGAGCGCUCCGUCGGUCAACAUCCCCGCCAAGUCGGCUGUCGAGGUGCGCACCUAUUUCCCCGAGACCUGGCUCUGGGAUCUCAAGGAACUCGAUGAGCGCGGUGAGCUGAGCUUCAAGGAGAAGAUUCCGCACACCAUCACCGAGUGGGUGGGAAGCACCGUGUGCAUUCACUCGGAGGACGGUAUCGGCGUCUCGGAUCCGGCGAAGAUAAAGGCGUUCCAGCCUUUCUUCGCAUCAUUCAACCUGCCUUAUUCGGUUGUGCGCGGAGAGCUCGUGCCCGUCAAAGUGUCCGUGUUCAACUAUCUCGAAAAGUGCCUGCCGGUCGACCUGAAGUUGGCUGAGUCCGCGGACUACCAUAUCGAGGGCGAGUCGGAGACAACACUUUGCGUGUGCGGCAGCAAGAGUCAGGUGCACAAGUUCCAGAUCAGACCGCAGAACAUCGGAGAGGUGAAUUUGACUGUGUCAGUGGCUGGAUCGCAGAGUGACACCGCCUGCAAAGAGCAGCACACCGAGAAGGUGGUGGCCAGGGAUGCCGUCACUAGACCUCUCAUCAUUGAGGCUGAAGGUGUUGAGAAGGAAGAGACUCAGAGCGUGUUCAUAUGCCCGAAAGAAAACUCGGCGAAGAGCGAGUUUGACUUGGCCCUUCCUGAAGACUUGGUGGAGGGAUCCGCUCGCGCUUACGUUUCCAUAACAGGAGAUAUUAUGGGCCCCGCAGUCAAGAACCUAGACUCGUUGGUGCAAGUGCCUACGGGAUGUGGAGAGCAGAACAUGGUCAAGUUCACGCCCAACGUCUACGUGCUCGACUACCUGAAGGCUACAGGAAAGAACCAAGAAGAAAUCAAAAGAAAAGCAGUGAACAAUCUCGAAACAGGUUAUCAGCGCCUGCAAAAAUACAAGCACGAUGACGGCUCGUACAGCGCCUUCGGAAACAUCGACUCAUCGGGCAGCAUGUUCCUCACGGCGUUCGUGGUGAAAUCAUUCAGGCAGGCCGAGAAGUACGUCUCGAUUGACGCUGGAAACCUGAACGAGAGCAUCAAGUGGAUCAUAACUAAGCAGAAGACCAACGGCUGCUUCCAGAACGUCGGCACUAUUCUCAGCUCCGGCUUGAAGGGCAAGGUGAACUCUACUGCACCGGGUGCACUCACGGCAUACGUGCUGACAGCUCUGUUGGAAGGCGGCCUGGCUGACGCUCAGGUCGUAGAGUCUGCGCUGCACUGCAUCCGGGCCCAACGAGAUCCGAGCGCCCAUAACCUGGCGCUGUCUGCCUACGCCGCUGCACUGGCCAGGCACGAGUCCACCAACGCUUACCUCGAGGAGCUCGAAUCUCUUGCGGUUCACAAGGGUGGCCUUACAUACUGGAGCAACGCCGGCAAGAAGGGGCCUUCAGCGUCGGCCGACGUGGAGACGGCGGCGUACGUGGUGCUGGCCUAUCUCAAGCUGAACCCACAGGAGAACCUGAAUAAGGCGCAGCCAAUUGUCCGCUGGAUGGCAACCAAGAGAAACAGCCGCGGAGGCUUCCAGUCUACGCAGCUUAUCGCACAGAGACAAGAGGACCAUGCAGAGUUCAAGGUUAUCGCACCUUUCAAAAAGCUACCAUACUACAUCAGGGCAAAGGAAAUCAGCAAGCGCAAGGCCAGGCCGCUGUUUUAG